AUGAAGUUUUUCUUUUUUAUUUUAAAUAAACAAUAAUUCUCAUUAUAAUUAAGUUUUAUUCUUAUAAAAAAAUGAUUUAAUAUAAAUUGAAAUCUAAAUAUGUUAUUUAGAACUAAAAUACUCAUUUUAAAUUGUAAGGCUACUAACAACAAUUCUAAUACUCUCAAUUUGAAUUUUCUCGAAAUAUUUAGAAAAUCUUAAUAAUUUAAUUAAAAGAAAAUGAUAUUGUAACAAAUGCAUUAACAAUUAUAAAUUAAAAUAAAUCCAAUUUAUUUCGAAUACUUUUUAAGAACAUAAAUAAAACAAAAUAAUUUCAAAUCAAAGAAAAUUCAUAGCAUUUAUCACUUGCCAUUUGGAAAAUAUUAAAAUAAAAAAAAAUAAUAAAAUUUACAAUUAAAAUGUAAGAUAAAAAGAGAAAUGCAGACAAAAAUUAAUUUUUGGUUAAACAAGACGUAGAUGGAAAAAUACAUACAUAUAUAAAAAAAAUUUAUCAAAAUAAAUGAUAAUAGAGACGAGUACAAGAUAAAAUAUACCAAAAAAAAAAAUAAGAAAAUAUCGAUCGGUUUGUAAAAUGGUAAUCGAACAUAAAAAAUCAAUUUAACAUUAAAUUGGAAAUUCAUUGUUUUGGUCUCGUUAAAUAAUUUAAGAGAAUUUGCUGUCGCCUAUCAUUUUGCAAGGAGAUAAAAAUAUUUGCAACAUAAAAUUAAAUGAAAAUUGAAUGUAUAAGGAACACGAUUUUGAAAGAACAUUCUGGUGGAAACACAAAUUAUUACCAAAGAAAUACAACCAAAGUAGAGAUUCCUUUAAAAGAUUUCUAAUUAAUUUAGUUUUUUAAUAUUUUAUAAAAAUUUAAAAAAAAAAACCUCUACACGAGUUAUUAAGAUUUUAUUUAUUAUAUAAACAAAAAUGCAAUCAAAUACAAAUGGAGAUUAUAGACUGCUUAACGGCCGUGGAGCAUUUUAUGAAGCUUCAAGAAACCUUGCAAAUCGAAAAUCAUUGGUAUCCUUAAUUGUUGGAUUAGUUGUUGGUUUUUGUAUGGCUGAAUUAUUUAUACUUUCAUCACCGAGUAGACAUGCUGAAUGGUUACUUUAUAAUAGUCAUGCACAUGGUCAUUCCGAUUCAAUAAAUGAUCCACAUCAUAGUCAUGAUUUAAUUGAUGCUGCUGGACCUGAAAAAAGUUUUGGUUUUCAUACGCAUGCAAAUGAAAAUAAUACAAUAGCAACAAAAUUAUAUGAUGAAGUAAAAGUAUUAUGUUGGAUAAUGACAAAUCCAGAUAAUCAUAAGAAAAAAGCUCGUCAUGUUCAAAGAACAUGGGGUCCACGUUGUAAUAAAGUAAUAUAUAUGAGUUCACAAGAAGAUAAGGAAUUAGGUGCUGUUGCAUUACCAGUUUCAGAAGGUCGUAAUAAUUUAUGGGGUAAAACGAAAGAAGCAUUUAAAUAUGUUUAUGAAAAACAUUUAAAUGAAUAUGAUUGGUUUUUAAAAGCUGAUGAUGAUACAUAUGUUAUCGUAGAAAAUUUAAGAUAUAUGCUUUAUCCCCAUUUACCGGAAACACCAAUAUAUUUCGGUUGCAGAUUUAAACAAUUUGUUAAACAAGGUUAUAUGUCUGGUGGAGCUGGUUAUGUAUUAAGUCGAGAAGCUUUAAAACGUUUUGUAGAACUUGGAUUAACAGACAAAAAUAAAUGUCGUCAAGAUGCAGGCGGUGCUGAAGAUGUUGAAAUGGGUAAAUGUCUUGAAAAUGUUGGUGUUUUAGCUGGAGAUUCUAGAGAUCCUAAUGGAAGAGGAAAAUUUUUCCCAUUUGUACCAGAACAUCAUUUAAUACCAGGACAUGUUGAUAAAAGUUUCUGGUAUUGGAACUAUAUCUAUUAUGAAACCGAUGAGGGAUUAGAUUGCUGUUCUGAUUAUGCUGUAUCAUUCCAUUAUGUAUCACCAAAUCAAAUGUAUGUUUUAGAUUACUUAAUAUAUCAUUUAAGACCAUAUGGAAUUUUAUUUACACCGGAGCAAUUACCUGAAAGACUAUCUGUUCAUGAUGAUUUAGAACAUAGAUCAGUAGCACCUAUUUUAAAAUUUAGCGAUGAAAAAAAUAAAAAUGAUCACAAAGACGAGUAUGAUGAUAAAGAAACAAAAAAAGUUAGUAAAAAAAGAAAAAGAAGAAAAUAAUAAAAACCAAAAAAAAUUAAAAAGACUAGAUAAGUUUAAAUCCCAUUAAUUUAAUCCAAAAAUUUAGAAACUCAAUCCAAACCAAACAAAAAACAAAAAAUAUGAUAAAACAUAAAAUGAUGAUUAGAUUUAGUUAAUUUUGUUACCAAAGCACAAUUUAAUUUUAUUUUUUGAUAAAUUUUUAUAUCUGAUGUAAAUUUAAUAUGAAAUUUUUGUUAAAGUUUUAAGGAAUAAUUUAAAGUAUUUUUAUUUAAUUUGAUAGUAAUAUGUGUGAUGAUGUUUGAAUGUAUUGCUUUUUUUUUUUUUGCCUAAGACUAAUAAUAAAAAAUUUUAGAUUUAUGUUCGUUAGCUUAUACAAGAUAUUUGAUAAUGAUUAUAAGAAAUUUUUCCAAAUUUUUAGAAUUACGAUGAAGUUAAAAUUUUUUCUGUUUAUCAGAAACCAAAAUGUAUAUGAAUGUAGAACAUGCAAGUAAAUUUAAGUGAAAAUUUCGUAAAUUUUUUGCUUUACGAACUCAAGCCUAAUUUUUAAGAAUAUAU